CUCUCACAUCCUGUAUCGUUGUUUUCUUCAGACCCCUUGGAAGAGGUUAGCUGAACUUGGGAUGGUCCUCGCAGCCGCUGCACUUGCAGCUUUUUCGCUUCUACUUGACUGCAGUGUGCAACCCCGCAUUGAGCGUACCCGUAGGGAGCGGGCAAUUUUCCAUACGUGAGUCAUGAAUCUCCCGAAGUAUAUCAGCGACGCAACAGGGAGGUGUGUGCUGAAGAAUGAACUAUUUGAUGAAGAGGAAAUUUGCCAGAUGGCAGAAAAGAUCAAGGAAACCAAUCGACAGAAGAUGGCACAACUUCAGCAGCAGGCAACUACACGGCCAUCUCUUCCUGCUCGACCUCUUGCUCAACAAACUGGUCAGACAACAAUGCUGGAUUAUUUCAUGAAUGGGACCAAAGGUCUUCAACAACAGCCACAAGUGACACUACAGCAACAACAGAGCAGUCUGAAGCCUCUAGAACCAGACCCAAAUAGUCUGGACUACCGCUCAAAGAAGGGAGAAUUUGGGUGGCAUGUUUUUGGCACAAAUGAUUAUAUUCCAUAUGUGUAUCGCAAUACCUCGGAAAAGUUCUGUGCAGUUCGGAUGGCUGAACUGAAGCUCCUAAAUAAGUUCCUGCCACACCUGCCUCAGGAUAUCAUCAGCUGCACUUGUAUUCGAAGUUAUUUCAUCUCUGAGGCUGAAAUGAAGCUUCUGAAUGAGAUCAAUGAGAGAUACAGUGGCUACUCAUAUGGAAGAGAUCCCUUCACUGGAGAGGACCUCGUGGUGCGACUUUCUGAUGCUGGACAGUUUUAUGAGUUUCUUGAGCUGUGUUAUAGAAAGCUUGUUUUGAAGCAGAGCACUGCUCGUGAUAGAUGUGGAUUCAUUCGCAUUGGUGGAGAAACUGGACCUGUUGUCCCCUAUACUUCCAAGGACAAUGUGAAACUCAUCCCUCUAUUUUUCUUUGAAGGUGAAAUUCAGAACUUGAAAAGGAAUAGUGUACGGGUUGAUGGUUGGGAAUUGGCUUAUCUAAAGUUCUGCUGCAAGGUUCAAGGGAUUCGCAAUGAAUUGUUCUCAUCUGAAGUCUGUGAAGUUGUCAGUGUAGAGAAUAUCCGUGCACAGUUUCCAGCUGGGACCCCAUUUGAAGAAUGUUGGCCAACAACAGCAAAAACAGCAAGUGUCUCAACUGGUCCUAUUAGCACCACCUCAGCCCCUCAGAAUCCCAUGAAUCCUCACACCCAGGCUCAGCCACUCAAUAGUUUUACCCGGUGGCCAAAUUCAUUAGUACCAUCUCAGCUUACCAAUGGUGCUACAGUUUCAAAUACUGCUGUAGCAGUGGCAGCCACCAGAACAAACCCUCCUAACUCGGUCAUUUCUAGUAGCAUUGGGAAUUUGCUUUGCAAUGGAGAUUGGAGGACAGCUGCAUCUGCAAUGGGAGGGAAUCAAGUGCUGACUGCUUUGAAUCGAACCACUUCAAGUCAUCUGGUGGCAUUGCCUGGUGCUGUGGGUCUAUUAGCAGGAUCUCCAGCUGGCACUACAGCCAUCAUUGGGACUGGGAAUAAUGCUUGUAAUCAAGCACAACCUUUACCACAAGCUCCUGCCUUGAUUCCAAGCUCAGUUGGGGGUUCAACUCAAGGUGCCACUACAACUGUCACUGCAGCUGUAAGGGCUGCUCCACCACCAUAUGGACAGGUGAAAAGCAUUUUACGGAAUACCAAUCCAGUGACAUCUCCAGGGGUAUUAUCUCUUAAUUUUCCUGGUACUACGGUGGCAGGGAAGCCAUUGCCUCAACUUGUGCAAAUGAAUGGAUUGAAAAGAACCACCUCAACCAAUGGACCAGCACCAACCGUGAUUCCUGCGUUGGCUGCUGUCCCUGUUCGGACACAGUCCAAUCAGCCAAAACGUGUAGUGGAAGAAGUGAUUGACCUUUCCAGUCCUCCUUCUAGUCCUCAUCCAAUUUCCCCGUUAGCCAUUCCGAACUCAGGCACUCAAUGCCAGCUGGGUCCAAGAGUGGAAGUGCUUCCUGAAAUCUCAGCAGCUGAAGAGGCCAAACACCCCUACCAGAUCUCACAGGCCCUAAUCCAUAACAAAUUAAUCAAGUGUGUUGUGAACCUCCAGCCAUCUAUCUUCAAUGAUCAGGUUUUAAUGAUGGUGGAUGACCUAGUCAAGGAAUUCUUCCCUCAUUCCUCCAGGGACUCUGUCCUACGUGCUCUGGAAGCAAUGAAUGUCACCAUCUACAAGUGCAACAGUGCACAAAUGAAAUUGCUGCAGCAGAAAGUGGACUUGCGACUGAAACCAGGAGAUAUUAUUCCCAUGGUAAAGGUAAAAGCAGUGAAUGAGUUCAUGCCUCAGUUGGAAUAUAUCUGCUCAUCUUCAGGCACCACUGUCCCUGCUAAAAGGAUGAGAACUGAAUGAGGUCUCAUCCUGAUCUUUGUUGUGAUUCAUAAGCAGAGUGCUUAUUCUGUGUAAUAAAGUUGAUUGCUAUUAGGAUGCACAAUCUGCACUUUGGAAGAAGCAUUUCAAAGUAUGAGGACAUUAUAUUUUGUAAUAAAUGUGUUACACAUUGU